AUGAAGAACCGGUGGGUGUUGACGACGAAGUACCACAUCGACGACACCGUCGAGCGCGAGAAGGCGAGGCUGGUCGUGAAGGGCUUCACGCAGGUGUAUGGCGCCGACUACGACGAGACGUACGCGCCGGUGAGCAGCUACGUCACGCUGCGGAUUUUCCUCAGCAUCGUCGCCGUCUUCGACCUCAACCUGAUGCAGCUCGACAUGAAGAAUGCCUUCCUGCAGAGCAAGCUCGAUCGCGUGCUUUACAUGUACCAGCCGGACUACUUCAAUGACGGGACCGGCCGGGUGUGCAAGCUGCUGAAGAGCCUGUACGGGCUGAAGCAGUCGCCGCUGCUGUGGUACAAGGCUCUCAACGACGUGCUGGUCGGCGCUGGCUGGAAGAAGAGUCAGGUCGACGAGGCUCUCUACUUCAAGGUCGGCGUCGACAAGGUGACCUGUUGGGUGCUGGUCUACGUCGACGACCUGCUCGCCGCCAGCAGCAGCACCAAGAUGCUGAAGGAGCUGAAGGAGCUGCUGGAGGCCGCCUUCGAGCUGCGCGAGAUCUCGCCGGUGCAGAAGUACCUCGGGCUGGAGAUCGUGCGCGACAGGUCGGCGGGGAAGCUGUGGCUGCACCAGCAGGGCUACGCCGACAAGCUGCGUAGGCGUUUCAUCGAUGAGGAGCAGGGCGGUCGGACCCCAAAGACGCCGGUCUCGGUCGACGCCUACGCCGAGCUCACCUUCGACGACGAGGAGGCGCAGGAGCGACAGGAGGAGGAGUACCGGCAGAAGCACUGGCGCGAGGUCGACCGCUGCCUUGCCUACCUCGCCAACACGCGUGACACCGCCCUGGAGUUCGGCGGUGGACCUGAGUCGCUGGAGCUGGUCGGCUACGUGGACGCCGACGAUGCCGGCGACAAGCAGAACAGGACGAGCACGGGCGGCUACGUGUUCGUCUACGGAGGAGCCGCAGUCUCCUGGUCGAGCCAGCGCAUCAAGUGUGCGACGCUGUCGUCGACCGAGUCGGAGUACGUGGCGGCCGUCGAAGCUGGCAAGGAGGGACGCCGACUUCGCUUCCUCCUAGCAGAGUUCCAGCAGCUAGAUGCUGGGAGGCCGACGGUCCUAAGGGUGGACAACAAGUCGGCCAUCACAGUCGCCGAGGGCAUGGGGUUGACGGGCAACCUCAAGCACAUGGAGCGGCGACAGGCCUGGCUGCAGCACAUGGUGAAGCGGGGGAAGUUUGCGCUGCAGUACAUCCCGACCGCUGAGCAGCCGGCCGACUUCUUGACGAAGGCGCUGCACUAUCCGGCCUUCAACCGGUGCUCCGUUGCAAUCGGCCAAGUGCGUCUGGCCGACGUGGGCGACGGCGACGACGACGUGCAGCAGUAG